GGCGUGAAGCGCCCAAUGUGGACCUUCUACCGAAGAAGUAAGGGCGGGGGAAGUUUAGGAGUUGAGGAAAGAAGAUUAAAGAGCGCGAGGAGCCACACAAAAGAAGUGUUAAGAAUUGCCCUUUGAGACUCUGAAGGCUGAAGGUACCUGAUAAAUUUCAAGUCUGUCUGUGCCCCAUAGCUGCACAGACUGCCUGAAGUUACAUUUAGAGACUGAAAUCACUGCACCUUAAAAACAAAAGAUUGAGCUGCACUGCAUUCCUAAUGUUUCACCAUCACUAACUGAAUAGUCCUCACUCAACAUUGCUGUCUGUGGCUGGUGGCAAGAGAAGCAGUGAGUGGCACUUUUCCUCCACGUUUUGAGAGAAAGAGAAUUGGCUGGCUGGAAUAAAACCUUGCUUUCCAUAUGGUCGACUUGAAAUACUGCAUUGAAAAGUUCCGUGACCAUCAGUCUGUGGCCUGCCCUUUCUCUUUAUAUGCAGCCGCUCUCUGUUCCCUGCCCCAAUGAUCAUCUGCACUAGGCCCAAGCCUUGGAGUGAUUUACCUGAAGAGUGACACCAUUUAUUUGGAAACUACUAUGAGGAAACUGAAGCCCAGAGAGGUGAAGUGAGGUGCCCAAGGCCACACAGCAAGUUAGAGGCACAGCUAGUACCAUAGCUCAAGUCUCCUGACUCCCAGUCCAGUGCUCCUCCCAUUACUCCACGGGUCCUGUCUCUAAGCUUCCUGACAAAUGCUAGAACGGAAGAAACCCAAGACAGCUGAAAACCAGAAGGCAUCUGAGGAGAAUGAGAUUACUCAGCCGGGUGGAUCCAGCGCCAAGCCGGGCCUUCCCUGCCUGAACUUUGAAGCUGUUUUGUCUCCAGACCCAGCCCUCAUCCACUCAACACAUUCACUGACAAACUCUCACGCUCACACCGGGUCAUCUGAUUGUGACAUCAGUUGCAAGGGGAUGACCGAGCGCAUUCAUAGCAUCAACCUUCACAACUUCAGCAAUUCCGUGCUCGAGACCCUUAACGAGCAGCGCAACCGUGGCCACUUCUGUGACGUGACGGUGCGCAUCCACGGGAGCAUGCUGCGCGCGCACCGCUGUGUGCUGGCCGCCGGCAGCCCCUUCUUCCAGGACAAGCUGCUGCUGGGCUACAGCGACAUCGAAAUCCCGUCCGUGGUGUCAGUGCAGUCGGUGCAAAAGCUCAUUGACUUCAUGUACAGCGGCGUGCUGCGCGUCUCGCAGUCGGAGGCCCUGCAGAUCCUCACAGCCGCCAGCAUCCUGCAGAUCAAAACCGUCAUCGAUGAGUGCACACGCAUCGUGUCACAGAAUGUGGGCGACGUGUUCCCGGGGAUCCAGGACUCGGGCCAGGACACGCCGCGGGGCACUCCGGAGUGAGGCACCUCGGGCCAGAGCAGCGACACGGAGUCGGGCUACCUGCAGAGCCACCGCAGCCAAGCGUGGACAGGAUCUACUCGGCGCUCUUACGCGUGCUCCAUGCAGAACGGCAGCGGCGAGCGCUCCUUCUACAGCGCGGUGGUCAGCCACCACGAGACUGCAUCGGCCAUGCCACGCGACCACCACAUGGAAGACCGCUGGAUCACGCGCAUCCACGAGCGCUCGCAGCAGAUGGAGCGGUACCUGUCCACCACCCCCGAGACCACGCCCUGCCGCAAGCAGCCCCGGCCUGUGCGCAUCCAGACCCUUGGGCAACAUCCACAUCAACAGGAGAUGGAGGACGAUUACGACUACUAUGGGCAGCAAAGGGUGCAGAUCCUGGAGCGCAACGAAUCCGAAGAGUGUACGGAGACAACCGAUCAGGCGAGGGCACCGAGAGUAGCCCAAGGCGAAAGCUUCGACUCCGGCGUCAGCUCCUCCAUAGGCACCGAGCCUGACUCCGUGGAGCAGCAGUUUGGGCCCGGGGCAGUGCGGGAUGCCCCCGCUGAACCCGCCCAACCCGAGCAAGCCGCGGAAAGUCCUGCAGAGGGCGGCCCGCAGCCCCACCAGUUAGAGACCGGUGCCUCCUCCCCGGAAAGAAGCACGGAGGUGGAUAUGGACAACACGGUCAUCACUGUCAGCAACAGCUCGGAUAAGAGCGUCCUGCAGCAGCCUUCGGUGAACACGUCCAUCGGGCAGCCGUUGCCAAGUACCCAGCUCUACUUACGCCAGACAGAAACCCUCACCAGCAACUUGAGGAUGCCUCUGACCUUGACCAGCAACACCCAGGUCAUUGGCACAGCCGGCAACACCUACCUGCCAGCCCUCUUCACUACCCAGCCCGCGGGCAGCGGCCCCAAGCCUUUCCUCUUCAGCCUGCCACAACCCCUGGCAGGCCAGCAGACCCAGUUUGUGACAGUGUCCCAGCCCGGCCUGUCGACCUUUACUGCACAGCUGCCAGCGCCACAGCCCCUGGCCCCAUCUGCAGGCCACAGCACAGCCAGUGGGCAGGGAAAAAAGCCUUAUGAGUGCACUCUCUGCAACAAGACUUUCACAAUCACACAUCCACCCAAACAGAACUACGUCAAGCACAUGUUUGUACACACAGGUGAGAAGCCCCACCAAUGCAGCAUCUGCUGGCGCUCAUUCUCUUUAAAGGAUUACCUUAUCAAGCACAUGGUGACACACACGGGAGUGAGGGCCUACCAGUGUAGUAUCUGCAACAAGCGCUUCACCCAGAAGAGCUCUCUGAACGUGCACAUGCGCCUCACCGGGGGGAGAAGCUACGAGUGCUACAUCUGCAAAAAGAAGUUCUCCCACAAGACCCUCCUGGAGCGGCACGUGGCCCUGCACAGUGCCAGCAACGGGACCCCUCCCGCGGGCACCACCCCCGGAGCCCGCGCCGGCCCCCCAGGGGUGGUGGCCUGCACGGAGGGGACCACUUACGUCUGCUCCGUCUGCCCAGCAAAGUUUGACCAAAUCGAGCAGUUCAACGACCACAUGAGGAUGCAUGUGUCUGACGGAUAAGUAGUAUCUUCUCUCUUUCUUAUGAACAAAACAACAACAAAAAAAGAAACAAACAAAAAAAAAAGCUAUGGCACUAGAAUGUAAGAAAUGUUUUGGUUUCAUUUUUACUUUCUGUUUUUGUUUUUGGUUCGUUUCAUUUUGUACUACAUGAGAACUGUUUUUUGCCUGCUGGUACAUUACAUUUCCGGAGGCUCGGGUGAAUAAUCGUUUCCCAGCCUCCCUCGGAUGGUGGCCUUAAGGCCUGGUAGUGCUUCAAGAGGUCCACUGGUUGGAUCUCUAGCUACUGGCCCUCUAAAUACACCCUUCUUUACAAAAAAAAAAUCUUUAAAAAAAAAGUAAAAAAAAAAAAAAAAAAAUUUUUUUUUUCACUUGUGAAGAGCACUACAAAAAAUAUAUAACAAAAUCUAAAAGGCCCUACUGUCUUUAAGUACACCGCUUGCAGUGUUUCAGUGGACAUUUCACAAUUCUGGCCGCUUGGACUUCACAGUAACCAGUUAAAACUGUGGGAAUAUCACUUCUGGUUGAAAAGCCAGAGGAAAGGCCCUGCUGUUUUCCACCUACCAUGUUGUCUGAUUUCAUAAAAGGGCUGUGGGGUGGAAGGGGCAGUGGGUUUGGUGGUGUGGGAAAGGCAAAUGGCAGGCUUCUCCCCCUGAUUCUGCUUGGGUCCACACACCCUGGCCCACCUCCUCCAUGUCCCCCCCUUGCAGCAGAAGCCAGGAAGACUUGGACAAGCAUCACGCAAACAGUGGCUAUCGUAUUAUUCAGUGUCUUCGCUGAGCCACAGCCUCAGCACAAUCAAGAGGGACUUUCAUGAAAGGCAGGAAUGCAGAUAAAACAAAGAUAUCAGAGGUUGCACCUAACGUUUCUAGGUACAAGAGAAGGAUUAUUUCCAACAUCUUUGCAAAAAACAAAAAACGAAAAAAAAAAAGUGUCAGGAUAUAUUCUUGUGGAAGAGAGAAAGAGAAAUGGAGGGUGGGGGAUAAUCAAAAGUUCUUGAGGCUUUUUUAAUUCAAAAUUUUUAUAGAGGGGCAAAAGUGACGUUUACCAGAUAGAAUGCUGAUUUUUUUAAUAUAUUUACAACAGUAUUUGUGUAAAAAAAAAAAACAAAAAAAAAGUGAGAUUGUUAAAAGUAAUUUUUUUCCAUUUUGGUUUUGCAUACACUGCCACCAAUCCCUUCUCUUUUAUUUUAUUUCACACACAUAUAUAUAUUUUUGGUAGUCAAGACUGUUAAGGUUAGCGAUACUGCUUCCAGAUAGAAAGAAUAAAAGGCAAUUAAGUUAUAUUUGAAAGAGAGGAAGGAUAUUUUCUUCAUAUUUUUUUAAUUUUUCUUAAUUUUUAUUAUUUAAAGUAUUGCCUGGGUUAUGAGGGCCUCUGUGGCCAGCCAUCCCUGCUGUAAUUUGGAACUGCUGCUUUGUAUUUUGAUAUGUAGUUCUUUGACUUUUAGCAAGCUUAGGUUACUCCACUGAUUUUUUUUUUUUUUUUUCCAACCGAUCCAUUUAGAAUUCUGUUCUUUUUCAUGGGAGGGACU